AUGGCCAAUAUAACCGAUAAAUGGGUAGAUUAUCUGAGGAAUCGCAAUCACCAACACCGUGAGACUACGCAAGACUCCGAGGGUGUGUCUAAUACGUCAGGAGAAAAGACGACGACCGACACCAUAGCCCCAUCUCGAAGGCGCCAGCCACGACAGGUCUAUAAAGGCCCCAGUGACUACGUAGUGGAGGGUCUGGUGGGCGAACACCAAGUGAAUAGACUUGUUGACACUGGUGCCGAACGCAACUUCGUUUCGGCGCAAUUUGUCCAAAAGGCCGGUCUCACACCAUAUGAAACAGACACAAAAACAGUCCAACUAGCUGGCGGAAGGAAAACAGAAUCAACAGGCUCAGUAAAGCUGGCACGGUCUCUUUUCGGGUCACACCUUCGGAUGAGCCUCCUUGGCGAUGAAAGACAGCGCCUCUGGGGCUCAAUGGAUAGCAUAUAUACGCACGCCCUUCUUGACACCGGGUGCGAUCUCGAUUUAGUAGGGGCCGCCUGGGCAAGGGCGAACAACUUCAAGAUUGAUCAAGGCCCUGAACAUCGAUUGCCCCUCGAAUUGGGGGAUGGAACACGGAUCUCCACUACUGGCAUCGUCCGCGAUGUGACGUGGACCUUUGGAGACUCAAGGGAGAAAGUCUGCUCUGACUUUUAUGUUCUUGAUGCUCUGUCGGCGGACGUAGUGUUCGGGGGCGAUUUCAUCAUGGAGCGAGACGUUUUCUCCGAGUUCAGUCACUUCAUGAUUCAUCUCGACUAUGAGGCCAGAGCGCCAGAGCGCCAGAGCUUGGGAUAG